CAAUAAAAUCCUCCCUGGAAGUCGCACUGAGUUGUCAGUCGUGUUGAAACAUUUGUCCACCCAGCUUAACAUGUCCGAAUUUUCAGAGUAUAUACUAUGUGAACGGUUAGCGUUUUGGAUAUGGAAAAUUUACGGUUUCUGGGCCAUCAAGGAUGAAAGUCCAUACUAUCGUGCCUAUCGAUGGUUAUAUCAUUUUUUCUUCACUUUCAUCUACAUAUUUGCAAUGUUCAUGAGCUCAUUUUUUGCUGAAAACGCCGAGGAACUGUGGUCGGAGGUAAUGUUCGUGUUACUAACGGAUACAGCUAUGUUUGUGAAAUAUGUAUUCAUUGUGAAUAAUUUUGAAACGAUCAUCGAACUACACGAACAAACUAUUUCGGACGAUUUCCAUCCACAAACGGAUCGGCAAGCGGAAACACGUCGCCGCUUAUUUAGUCGCUUCAGCAACACAAUGAUAGCAUACUACGUCUGCAGUCUGAUUUCUGUUUGGACUCACCUGGAAAUGCUCUACGAUGGUCGAUAUAAACUCCCAUUCUCCAAUUGGUUCUAUUGGGUUCCAAUGGACGAGGAGAAUUUGGCUUACUAUCACCUCGUCUUUGCUUAUGAAAUGUUUGGAAUGACUGGACACUGUGUAUUGAAUGUUGCAGCAGAUUCACAACUUGCAUAUUUACUUUAUGCAGCUGGACUUCAGUUGGACAAUCUGCGUGAAAAAUUGGUUUAUUUAGGUGUUUCAAAGCCUGUUUCAGAGAACGAAAAAGCAAUCUAUUAUCGUGCGUUUAUCGACGCCAUCGAGAAGUAUUACAGAAUUUACAGCUUCACACAGAAAGUAGAGAAGAUCUUUUCGCUGGCAACAUUCCUACAAAUUUGUGCUAGUGGUGUAACAAUUUGCGCCGUUAUGUUUCGUCUGUCGGAGAUCAACAUUGUGAAGGAACUGGAGUCCGCGAUCCCAAUGUUGUUCUAUCUUCUAGCGAUGUUGGGGCAAAUUUUGCUACCAUGCCUAGUCGGUAACGAGGUCACCUACAAGAGCAGCCAACUGACGAACGCUCUCUUUAAAUCUGAUUGGCUCGGGCUGCCCGUUGCGUACAAGAAAGACAUGCAACGAUUAAUGCUUCGAACCAGCAAACCGAUAACACUGAAAGCAGGACAUUUCUUCAACUACAACCUUGAGACAUUCACAUCGACAUUGAAUACUGCCUAUACUAUUUACGCUGUGUUGAAACAUAGAGAAAGAAAUAAUUAGAAGAAAAAUAAAUGUGAACUACAAAUAGAUUGAGUGUUGACUGUUAGUUUAUGGCCAGACU